CUCUUAUUUUUUAUAGCACUUGUUCGAUCUCAAUCUGCCUCUUCAGCUGGAAUGAAUGAAGUACAUAUUUUUUGUUUUAGGACUCCAAAAUCACAUAUGAAACAUACUAUGCAUAAUUAUUACCAUAUUACAUUGUAGAUAUGUCAUUCCCAGAAUAUUUCCAAAUUUCAAUGAAGAUAAGUGGAUGUGAAACCUGUGAUUCUCCUUUCAUUGAAGGAGGACCUGAUAUGAUCAUUGAACUUAAUUAUUCUCUUUUUAUUGUAAAAUGUGAUUAGAUAUGGGAAUUGCAUGGAAUCUGUGGAACCUACUUAGAAGUUCACAAGUAAGUGAUAUUAAUGAUAUUCACAAGACCAUUAAAUAAAGAUAUUAUAUAUGAAUAAUAGAUAAAAGGUAAAGGAACCCUAAAAACAUAAAUGUUAACUAAAUCAUUAUAAAGUGGACGCUAUGAAAUUUGGGUUGUUGUUCGUAGUAAAAUUGGAUCUGUCAUUUAAUAUGUGAAAUCAUUUUAUAUAACUAUUGUCAAUUAGUGA